CACACGAGUUAACCAAGGAAAAAUGACCAGCUUCAAGAAGUUCUGCCUGUGCCUGAUGCUCCCUCUGAUGUGGACUUUGGUGGCGGCCAACACUCCCUUCCGGCAAUGUGCUGAUAGCAGCUAUCCCAUGCCGUUGAUGGUUCAAAUCGAUGACUGUGAUGCCUUGCCCUGUGAUCUGUGGAAAGGUAGCGAGGCCAAGAUCGAUAUUCAGUUUGUGGCCACUCGCAAUUCCAUGCACAGGCUAUCAGCUGAGGUUCACCUCACCUCGCUAGGAGUCACCAUACCCUUUGACCUGGACUCUUCCCGCAAAGAUGUAUGCAACAAUCUCCUGCAUGGUGCCUACUGUCCCCUGGAUGCCGGCGAGGAUGUGACCUAUGAACUACUCCUGCCAAUAGCCAGCAACCAGCCGGAGGUACCCACGCGGCUGGAAGUGCGACUCCUGGACACCGAGAACGAGAAUCGAGUGGUGUCCUGCUUCCUGGCCGAUACGCGCGUCAAGAAGCCCAGCCUCCCCUAUGGCUUCCUUCCGGCCCUCAAAGCUAAUUGGCUUUUCAACACUUUGGAGCUUCCGACGGCUGAUGACGAGGACGAAGGUGGAAACGGAGGUGGAGGCUAA